CAAUAAUACAAUAUUAUUAUUUAUUUAUAAAAAAAUUGUUAAAUAGGUACAAUAAAUUAGUUGUUGUUAAAAAUGAUGAAAAAUUUGAAAAAUGUGGCGUCACAAAAUUUAUUGUUGCCCAACCGUCUGAUAAAACCAUCAAAGAAACAAAGCAAGACGGAAGAAAACGACUGGUUAUUAGUUGCUACAAAUUGGUAUUUUUGGAUUUAUACAUGGACAUUAAUGGUAGUUGCAAUUAUUGGCUUAGGCGCCACUAUUAUGCUAAUGGUCGUCUUACGAUUCACUACUAGAAUGGAGAGUAUAGAGUUUUUAACUGAUAGCGAGCUGACUAAACUUAUGGGCAAUAUAGAUUUAGACGAUAUAUAUAAAGUUGAUGGCAUUAUGGAAGGGUUUAAAGAUAUACCAUUAGAAAUGGUGAGUGAAAAUGACAAUAUACUUAUACAUGUUGUCAACCCAGAAGAUAAAAGUUUGGAAUCCGCUAUUGAACUUGGAUUUACUAAGACACAAGUAAAAAACAUUAAUUCAUUCACAGUGGGAGAUCCAGAAAAUCCUAUUUUUACCACAUCAUUUCCAAACUUUGGACUUCCAGAAGGUGUCCGUCACUUAGAUGUAGCCACAGUAUACACUAAUCGGAUAGUAAGUCCAAUAAACGAAACUCUAACAUUGAAAUCUUCAAACUAUACUCGGCUGAAAGGUAAUGAAGGAACUACCAUUGAUGGAUCUAAAAUAAAAUGGUCAGCCGAAGGAGAUAUAUUUCUCAGAUCGGUAAAUGGUACGGUAGUACUGAGUUCUGCGGGCAUUUACUUGGAUGUACAAAAUUUACCAGUAGUACUGUCUAACAAAUUUGCUGCUCAUCAAUAUAAACUAUGCAUAUGUAUGCCGAGUGGAAUGGUAUUCAGAGUCCCAGUGUCAACAAGCUACAAUUCUUACAUGGCUUGCAGUAUGAUUGAUAUAGGAGAGAACAAUCAUCCAUGCAAAUAAAAUGUUUAUUCUGGUAUUAUACACUAUAGACGGGAAUCAUCAAUUAUACUCUAAGUGUAUUAUAAAAAAGAAAAAAUAGACAAGUGCUGAAUGGAUUUCAACAUAAUAACCACCAGUUUCGGGUGAAUAGUAUGUUGUCAUAAUUAAAUAUUUCAUUGUUCGCUGAAUUAAUGAAAUAACUCCAUUAUAAUUAGUUUAUAGGAGGUAGUAAACAAAUUAAUAUUAUUGUUGGUUUUUUUUUUUAUCAUAUUAUAUUAAUACUGUAAUAAUACUACUCGCCUUAAAUUAUAUUGCUAAAAACACUAAUCUAGUCAUUAAAUCUAGUCACAUUUGUACCUAAGUUGUGAAUUUAAUCACAUUUUAAAUAUGUUAUAUUACUCUUGUUUUUAUAAUACAUUCAAUAAAAAAAUUGUGUUUUCAAA